AUGAAUUCUUAUUAUCAUUUAUUUUUUUACAUAUAUCUGCUUUGCAUAUCAUUUAUUUAUGGAGAUAUUAUAUAUAAAAAAAAUUAUUUGGAAAAAAUUGAAGAUUUUAAAAUAUUAAACCUCAAUGAUUUAAUCAACAGUCCUGAGUCAUCAGAUACACAACAAUUGCCACCAUAUAAUAAUACUGUACGAUAUCAAAUAUAUAGAAAAAAUGAUAGUUUAGUAUUAUAUUUUAUAAUAAUAUCUGAUCAAGAUCGUGAUGCAAAAAUAUUAAACGGUAAUAAUAAAACGGUUUAUGCUAGUACACUUGAAAUGGGAAGAUUGACUCUUAAAAAUGAUUUUUCAACAGCAAAUAUUCAAAUUAGUAAGAAGACAGAAAAUUUAACAACAAAAUUAAAUUAUGAUGGAAGAGGUGCUGAAUUUUCUGAUUUAAAAUGGUUUAAUGGAAACUUAAUGACUGUUGAUGAUAAAACGGGUGUUAUUUAUAAAAUUAUUGGAGAUAAAUUAGUUGUUGAAGGAAUAAUGAGUGAUGGUAAAGAUAGUAGUUUAUUAUAUAAAGGUGAAUGGAUAACUGUAAAAGACAAGAUAAUGUAUGUAGGUGGAUAUGGAAAAGAAUAUACUACAGGUGAUGGAACAAAUAUUACAAAUGAAAAUCCAUUUUAUAUUAAUGUAUUUGAUCGUAUAAUGGGAAAAGAAAUAAUUUGGUGGGGUGAUAACUUUAAAAAAGUUAGAGAAUCUAUUGGUAUUACAUUUCCUGCAUAUAUGGUAAAUGAAGCUGUUCAAUGGUCAGAUGUGCAUAAACAAUGGUUUUUCCUUCCUAGAAAAGUUUCACAAAAUCCUUAUACGGAUGCUGAUGCUGAAAAGGCUGGUUCUAAUGUUUUAAUAAGGGUAAAUGAAGAUUUUACGAAAUUUACAAAUGUUACAGUAGGAAAUUUAUAUCCUGGAAUUGGUUUUAGUUCAUUCCAAUUUGUUCCUGGUACAGAUGACCAAGUUAUUAUAGCAUUAGAAACAAAAGAAACAGAUAGUGAUGGAGUAAGUUCAUAUAUAGUGGUAUUUAAAAUUGAUGGCAAAGUAUUAUAUGGACCAAGGCGAAUACCAGGAAAAUUCAAAAUGGAAGGAAUAGAAUUUUUGGAUUGGUUUAAAGAAUUUAAUCUAUGUAAAAAAUAA